AAUACUUAUACAAGGUUACCUAUUAGUUAGGGUAUGGAAUGAGUAUUCAAUAUUUGUUACCAAAUUACAUUGGAGAGUGGCAUUUACAGGAAUGGUAGCAAUGAACGUUUUAAACCAGCAAUUGUUUUCACAAUUAUGGAGCGCUGACUGGAGUAAUCUGAUAAUGGGUAAUAAAAAUGAUAGAGAAGUUAAUGGAAUUCCCAAAAAAGGAAAGAAAGGGUCAAAUGAAAGGAAGAAAAAAUAA